AUGUUCUCCAAUGGCACCACCUCCUCUCCCUCCUCUUCUCCUAGCCCCAGCCCAGGCAGCUGCGGGGAAGGCGCCUGCAGCAGGGGCCCCGGGGCCGGCGCUGCGGACGGCAUGGACGAGCCAGGACGAAACGCUUCCCAGAAUGGGACCUUAAGCGAGGGCCAGGGUAGCGCCAUUCUCAUCUCUUUCAUCUACUCCGUGGUCUGCUUGGUGGGACUGUGUGGGAACUCCAUGGUCAUCUACGUGAUCCUGCGUUACGCCAAAAUGAAGACCGCAACCAACAUCUACAUUCUAAACCUGGCCAUUGCAGAUGAGCUGCUGAUGCUCAGCGUGCCCUUUCUGGUCACUUCCACGUUGUUGCGCCACUGGCCCUUUGGCGCGCUACUUUGCCGCCUUGUGCUCAGCGUGGACGCGGUGAACAUGUUCACCAGCAUUUACUGCCUGACUGUGCUUAGUGUAGAUCGCUAUGUGGCUGUGGUGCACCCGAUCAAGGCAGCGCGCUACCGCCGGCCCACUGUAGCCAAGGUGGUGAACUUGGGUGUGUGGGUACUGUCUCUACUGGUUAUCUUGCCCAUCGUGGUCUUCUCACGCACAGCCGCCAAUAGCGAUGGCACGGUGGCUUGCAACAUGCUCAUGCCCGAGCCCGCCCAACGCUGGCUGGUGGGCUUCGUCUUAUAUACAUUUCUCAUGGGCUUCCUGUUGCCUGUCGGUGCCAUCUGCCUGUGUUACGUUCUCAUCAUUGCCAAGAUGCGCAUGGUGGCCCUCAAAGCCGGCUGGCAGCAGCGCAAGCGCUCAGAGCGCAAGAUCACUUUAAUGGUGAUGAUGGUGGUGAUGGUGUUUGUCAUCUGCUGGAUGCCUUUCUACGUGGUACAGCUGGUGAAUGUUUUCGCUGAGCAAGACGACGCCACCGUGAGCCAGUUGUCUGUCAUCCUCGGCUAUGCCAACAGCUGUGCCAACCCCAUCCUCUAUGGCUUCCUGUCGGACAACUUCAAGCGCUCUUUCCAGCGCAUCCUGUGCCUCAGCUGGAUGGACAACGCAGCGGAAGAGCCAGUCGACUACUACGCCACCGCCCUGAAGAGUCGCGCCUACAGUGUGGAGGACUUCCAGCCCGAGAACCUGGAAUCUGGAGGCGUUUUUCGUAAUGGCACCUGCGCUUCCAGGAUCAGCACGCUUUAA